UCUAAACCCCCUAUUGUUGUGCUUUUGUUGCUUCUCUCUCGCGAUACCGCCACACUCUGCGCUGUCCAUAUAUAUCUGGGAGUCCAAAUUUGUCCACUCCUAUACUGUGUGAGUAAUUUGGAACAGCCAACAGUGGAAAAUGUCUCAGUACUCAGGAAAGAUUGUCUUCUAUGAGGGGAAAUGUUUCACUGGGAGAAAGCUGGAGAUCUGCAGCGACUGUGACAACUUCCAGGACCGAGGGUUCAUGAACAGAGUGAACUCUGUCCGUGUGGAGAGCGGGGCCUUCGUCUGCUUCGACCACCCAGACUUCAAGGGCCAACAGUAUAUUCUGGAGCAUGGAGAGUACCCUGAAUUCCAACGCUGGAAUGCCCACAAUGAUCACAUGGGAUCUUGCAAACCAAUCAGGAUGCAUGGAGAGCACUACAGGAUGGAGCUGUUCGAGGGGGACAACUUCUCUGGCCAGUGUGUGGAGCUGUGUGACGACUGCCCAUUUCUCCAAGCACGAGGCCUGACCAAGAACUGCAUCAACUCUAUCAAGGUUUAUGGAGACGGGGCGUGGGUGUUGUACGAGGAGCCUAACUACCGUGGUCGCAUGUAUGUCGUGGAAAGAGGAAACUACUGCACCCACAUGGAGUGGCAGGCUGAGAACCCCAACAUCCAGUCUAUUCGCAGGGUUGCAAACUACUUUUAAAACCAUCUCACUAUCGCUGUCAGUGUGACUGCAGGGAAUAGAUCCACUACACUGUCAAGUCAUCUCACACGUGGCUCUGUGGGGCGAUAAUAAAGAUGAAGAAAAUGUUUGGCACUGCUUGUUGUUUUAUUUUUGUACUGAAUUAUUUAAAGGUUCAAAUAAAGUAGU